CAGCAGAGGAAAAUGUCCAUUUACGGAAAGGAGUUAAGUGCAGUACCAUCUCUUCCCAUUGACACCGAAAAGUCCAAAUUUUAUGGCCAAAGGCCCCGAGGCUUAACUUAAGUUAAACCCUAGAGAGAGAGAGAGAGAGAGAGAGAGAGAGAGAGAGAGGCGUUCCAUUGCUCAAAGAUGCCUCGUUUGCGAACCAUCACCGCCAUUGCCAUCGGCGAGAAGUUGCAGAGCAUCUCCUCAUUCUUGAACACCCAUUUCCAUGGCCGUCAGAUUGUUUCCUCACAGUGCCGUACGAUCUUCUCCACGCCGCGGCUCCAGGACUCGUGGAUGGACAAGAUCAAAGGCGCCUUCACCGGAAAUAAGUCGUCGCCGGAGGGCGCCAUGAUCUCUCAGGAACAAUUCACCCUCCUCCGGUUUGCGGAUGAGCUGAAGAACGCGAGGAGAGUGGGGGCUUUCAAGCAGUACAUGGUCGGUCGAAGCAGCGAAGCCACAUUCUCUGAUUCAUUCGAGAAGCAGGAAGCUAUUAUUCGGUGUCUUGGAGGAUUUGAUCCUACCGGAGAGAAUCUACAAACCAGUCAGAAACAGGAAGCUGCACAAAAAUGUAAUUGCACGAUAGCAGAUGUCGAGAAUGCACUUGCAAAGUUUACGUGGGCUAAACAGGCCCACAGAAAGCUAGAGAAGUUGAAGGAAGAAGGGAAGCCGAUGCCAACAAGCAUUGCCGAGAUGCAGAAAAUAAUGGGGUCGACACCACUAGAUCUUGCAAGGUCAAAUCUGGCGCAGAGUGGACAAAUCAGCAGGAAUGCGCUCUGUCCCUGUGGUUCCAAGAAAAGAUACAAACGGUGUUGUGGAAAAGAUUGAAGAUGUAUGAUGUCGAAGAUGUAAGUGUCGAAGGAACGGCUAGUAGUCGAAGAUGGACACUGUUCGGAGAUUGCUGAUCCCCCCGGAGUCAGUCAUGCUGCAUUGCUUGGAAUAAGGUUGCUCUUGGAGGGCUUUUCAAACUUUGCGGAUAGGACACGAGGCAAUGCAUCUAUCUCAGGUGUCAGUCGGGGUUGAAUUGCUCGUACUCGAAAUUAAUUUUAGUGAACCAACCUGACUGACCACAAGAGCAAUAUAUUGGUUCCCGACAUGUUUCGCUGUUUGUUAUGUUGUUUUUGCUGUCCGAAAUAGAUGUUAGAACGCGUUCCAAGGCGGAGUUGCUUUGAUCGUUUUAGGAGUAAAAUAAAAUAUUGGAGUUUCAAUGGAUCAGUAAUUUCAGUUACGACAUGGUGCUGCAAGUCAUACUUUUUUCUUGUUAAA